GGUAGUUAAGCCCCCCGUAUUCUUAUCAUCGUGCUGAUCCAAUGCUACUCCAUCAUAAUGCAUCAUCUUUAACCUACAUCCUUAGCUACCCUAUUAUUUAUACAGCUUGUAAUGCUAAUCUCGGAAUCCCCUCGUUCGCGUAACCACGCAUUAAUAUGAGUCGAUCACCGGCGUCGUCAGGUCUACUGCCCAUACCAGGCUCGCCAUCGUCAUCUUGGGCCAUCUACCGAGCUCGAUUCGCAUCCAUCUUCCACAAUGUCGAUAGCUCCGUAUUAGUCGCCUUUUGGCUUUUUGGCCUAAUCAACAAUGUCCUGUACGUCAUCAUCCUCUCCGCUGCCCAAGACCUCGUCGGGUCCGACGUCCCCAAGGGCGUUGUCCUCCUCGCCGACGUCCUCCCCUCCUUCCUAACCAAGUUGAUCGCCCCCUACUUCAUCCACAAGGUGCCGUACCCCUUACGCAUCGUCGCCUUCGUCGCCUUCUCCUCAAUCGGCAUGUUCAUGAUCGCGCUCACCCCCGCGGACCGGUCCAUCGGCGUCAAGCUUGCCGGCGUCAUCUUCGCCAGCCUUUCGAGCGGCGCCGGCGAGCUGAGCUUCCUCGGCCUGACGCACUACUACGGCCACAUGAGCUUGGCGGCGUGGGGCAGUGGCACCGGCGCGGCGGGCCUGGUGGGCGCGGGGCUGUACGUCAUGUUUACCGAUUGGAUCGGCUUCUCUGUCAAGGACAGUCUGCUGGCUUCCGCGUUCUUGCCGGCGAUUAUGCUUGUUAGUUUCUUCCUGAUACUUCCUAGAGGGCCGCUCCGUCAAAGCCAGAGAAGGAAGGGGUAUCAAGCGGUGUCGGAUGGGGAGGUGAGGCAGGAGGAUGCCGAUGGUGAUGACGACUUGCCUACUGCAGACGCAGCCUCCAGCCUCCUCACACCUUUGCCAGAUUCUGCAUCCACUGCCGACGACACCGAUGCUCUAUCGAAAUUUAGAUCCAAUAUCCGACGAGCAAAGUCGUUGUUCUUCCCGUACAUGCUUCCCCUCCUACUCGUCUACGUCGCCGAAUACACCAUCAACCAAGGCGUAUCACCCACCUUACUCUUCCCCCUAGAGUCCACCCCCUUUACCGAGUUCCGGGACUUCUACCCCAUGUACGGCUUCCUCUACCAGCUCGGCGUCUUCGUCUCCCGCUCCUCCAUCGCCUUCAUCCGCAUCCGGCACCUGUACCUGCCCUCCCUCCUACAGGUCGGCAACCUCGUCCUACUCACGCUGCACGCGCUGCUGCCGUUCAUCCCCAGCGUCUACGUCGUGUUCCUCAUCGUGUUCUGGGAGGGCCUGCUCGGCGGCGCCGUGUACGUGAACACCUUUGCAGAGAUCAUGGAGAACGUGCCCGCUUCCGAACGAGAGUUUAGCCUCGGUGCUACGAGCGUUAGUGAUAGUGGCGGUAUCUGCAUUGCUGGGUUUUUGGGCAUGGCGGUGGAGGUGCAGCUUUGCAAUUGGCAGGUGAGGCACGGGAGAGAUUGGUGCAAGAAGAUUCAAGUCAGCUAAGGGGGGUUGGAAUCGAGAGAUACAAUUACAUAGACUUGAGGUUGGGAUUUAAAAAGAUCUAUAUUGCUAUCUAUCUGUCUAGCUAGCUAGCUUAUAAACCUCUAUUAAGAAGUUGAGUGCCCCUCGGUAUAUAUCCAGUAACAUCAUCAUCAUCAUCAUCCUCAGCGUCUCCUCCUCCCUACCUACCUACCUACCCAUCAUCACUGCGACGAAUAAU